AUGUCCUUUCCGCCCACGCAGCAGUCCCAGCUGCAAGAACUCGCCUACAGCACGCUGAACAACUAUUUCACUAACCACUCCCACGAGACCCUGGAAAUCGAGAUCCUUCCACCAGCACUCUUGCCCGAACACUCUCUCAUCCUCGAGGAUGGCGCAAAUCUCGGCGUCCCAAAGAAAACCCUUGCCUUAGCAUUCGCACACGCACGACACCGGUUCUUUUUGUAUAAGAACUCGGAAGUAAUUGAGGAACGACGUUGUGCCCACCAAGCCACGAGAAUCAUGCUCUUGUUCGAUCCUGAGCACCUUACAGCCGCCAACUUUCGAAAAAGCCACUUCCUGUUUAACUCUGAGAAUCUCCCAGCUGCCGACCACCGCAGAUGGCAGUUCCAGCGUCGUGAAGAACUCAACGAGUGCUUCGUCAACGCUGUCUGGGACGAACUCCGCUUCAUGAAUAGCAUUCUCACGUCCCCACUUCAUCGGCAAUCUAAGUCGCCUACGCUGUGGGCACACCGUGCAUGGUGGCUUGAGUGUGCCUUCUCGAUGCUGCCUCAGUCUUGUGACGAUGUAUCGGCCUUCUUCAUGGCGGAGCUGGAGGCAGUGAUGAAGUCUGGAGAGAGGCAUCCAAAGAAUUACUAUGCGUGGCUGUAUGCGAGGAAGGCUGUGAGAAUGGAGAUGAGCAGAGUUGGUGAGGUCAGGGGGCACGCGUUCGCCAGCGUAGCUGCCGACAAGGUGAUGGCGUGGUGCAAAGCGCACCCGAGCGACAUCUCUGGUUUCUCGUUCCUGGAGUGGCUGAUCCCACUUGUGGAUGGCGAGCCAGAGGUAGCAAGGGUAGUAGAGUCGGUCGUCGAGUAUGCGAUGAAUAUAAGAUUGGCGAACGAAUCGUUGUGGACUUUUGUAAGGAUAUCAUUGGUGAGGUGUCCUGUGCGAAGUGGCUCCAAAGAAAAGAUACUGCGGUCUUUGAAUGAAUACGUUGCCACGUGGGAAAAGGCAGAUGGAGGUGGGGCAUUCUUGGAGCGGGUGAGAGAGACGCGGGACUGGGUUGCAAGAGAAGGAGGCCAAAAUGAUGUUCCGAGUGCGUCAUUCAAACAGGAUGCCGGGUUAGAGUAA